AUGGAUUCCAAACGCUCUUCCACCACAAUGCUGGCCAUCCUGCUCGCCGCCUCUCGUGUCGCAGGCCACGGUCACGUCACAAACAUCGUCAUCAACGGCGUCUCCUACGAAGGCUGGGACAUCAACUCCUUCCCCUACAUGGACCAGCCCCCGGUCGUAGUGGCCUGGGGCACCCCCAACACAGCCAACGGCUUCAUCUCGCCCCCCGACUACACCUCCUCGGACAUCAUCUGCCACCUGAACGCCACAAACGCCAAUGGCCACGCCUCCGUAGCGGCCGGAGACCGCAUCAACCUGCAGUGGACCGACUGGCCCGAGACACACCACGGGCCGGUGCUGGACUACCUCGCCGACUGCGGCUCCUCAUGCGAGACAGUCGACAAGACGAGCCUAGAGUUCUUCAAGAUCUCAGAAGUUGGACUCGUCGACGACUCCUCGGUGCCAGGCAUCUGGGGCGACGACCUACUCAUCGAGAACAGCAACUCCUGGCUCGUGGAGAUCCCCGAGAACAUUUCGCCGGGGAAUUACGUGUUGCGACACGAGCUGAUCGCGCUGCAUAGCGCGGGCACGGAGAACGAGGCCCAGAAUUACGUGCAGUGUUUCAAUCUAAAAGUCACGGGGAGUGGGUCGGCGACUCCUGAGGGCGAAUCCGCGACGAAGUUCUAUACCCCGACUGACCCCGGCCUGCUCGUUAAUAUCUAUGAUACGCUGGACUAUGAGAUCCCCGGGCCGUCUUUGAUUGCGGGCGCUACGCCCAUUCUCGAGCAGACCACUUCUGCCAUCACGGCGACGGGCACGGCGACCGCAGGGGUUUGA